UUCCCGGCAGGCUGCGCGGGUCUGGCGGCGGCGCGGAGAGAAGCCGGUCGCUAGAAGAUGGCGGUCGAUAAGGACCUGCUGCAGCUGGACCUGUACGGCCUGCUGGGGGUCGGCGAGAAGGCGUCGGAGAAGGAGAUCGUGUUUCUGAGGGUGAGAUCUUCCCGAAGCGAGCUGCAGAGCGAGCCCCCGACAGUUAGUUCCUUUUGCCUUGUUUGUGCACCCUCACGAGCAAAGUUCCUCCGGUGUUUGCCAGAAAUCCAGUUGCUAGAGGGCGUUCUAGGUACUGUUAAGAAAGCGUACCGUCAGAAGGCCCUGACAUGUCACCCAGAUAAGAACCCAGACAAUCCCAGAGCAGCGGAAGUCUUCCACCAACUGUCUCAGGCCUUAGCUGUGCUAACAGAUGCAGCAGCAAGGGCGGCAUAUGACAAAGUGAGAAAAGCCAAAAAGCAAGCAGCAGAAAGGACACAGAAACUUGAUGAGAAGAGAAAGAAAGUAAAGCUUGAUCUUGAAGCCAGGGAACGAGAAGCUCAGGCCCGUGACAGUGAAGAGGAGGAGAUCCGGAUAACAAGGACAUUAGAACAAGAGAUAAUACGACUGCGUGAAGAAGGCUCUCGUCAGCUUGAAGAGCAGCAGAGGCUCAUUCGAGAACAGAUCCAGCUUGAAAGAGAGCAGCGCAUCCAAGGCAGGCAAGAAGGAAAUGGAGCAGAAGGCAGAAUAACUCCCAAACUCAAACUAAAAUGGAAAUGCAGGAAAGAAGAUGAGUCAGGAGGGGGAUACUCGAAAGAUGUUCUGUUGCGGAUUCUCCAAAAGUAUGGUGAUGUUCUAAAUUUGUUGAUCUCCAGCAGGAAGACUGGGAGUGCAGUUGUGGAAUUUGCUACGGUUAAGGCUGCUGAGAUGGCUGUGAAGAACGAAGUUGGCCUGACAAAUAAUCCUCUAAAGAUUUCGUGGCUGGAAGGCCAGCCCCAGAACAAUCCCAGCACUGUCCUUUCUGACAGCAGUAGUCAGCCUAGGACUUCACAGGCGUCUGUAGUCUCAGAGCGGGAUUACGAGAGCCUGGUGAUGAUGCGGAUGCGCCAAGCUGCAGAGAGGCAGCAGCUGAUUGAACAGCUCAAGCGCGAAGAUGAGGAAGAGUCUCACACCUAGCAGGAGAGAGUAUGGAUUCUCCCCACCCCAUCAUUCCAUUUCCAAAGCUGUUUCUUAAAUUAAGCCAAUAAACAUCCUUUUUUAAAACUGU